AUGGCAACCCAAGCAACAACAUUGACUGAUGGCGAAGCUUUAAAACAAUUUACAAUUUUAGCUAAAUCAGGUAAAGGAAGAGCAUGUGUAGCUGUAAUUGAACAAGCUUUAAAUCACCCAAAUGUAUUUGUAUUUGGUGAAUUAUUAGAUAUGCCAAAUAUUCAAGAAUUAAAAAAUACUGAAUUCAAAUCAUAUUACGAUUUACUUCAAAUUUUUGCUUUUGGAUCAUAUAGCGAUUAUAUAACUAGUAAAGAUUCACUUCCACAAUUAACACCUCAAAUGACUACUAAACUUAGACAACUCACUAUUGUAUUUUUAUCAUCUUCUUCAAAUGUUAUUCCAUAUUCAAUAUUACAAAAAUUUUUAGAUAUUUCAAAUGUUAGAGAAUUAGAGGAUCUUAUUAUAGAUUCAAUUUACCAAAAUAUUAUUAAAGGAAAAUUAGAUCAAAAGAAUAAACAUUUAGAAAUUGAAUAUUCAAUUGGUAGAGAUGUUCAACCAGAACAAUUAGACUCAAUGAUUAAUAUUUUAGAUAAUUGGUCACAAAGUUCACAAGGCUUGUUAAAUAAUAUUAAUAAACUCGUUGAAGAAUCUGAAAAAGUUCAUGUUCUUUAUCAUAAAGAAAGAGAAGAAUUUGAAAAGAAAUUUGAAACUGCCAAAACACAAUACAAACCAGAACCAUCUGAACAAUUAUAUUAUGAUUCAAUGGAAUAUUCUGAAGGUAUGGGUAUGAUGAAGAAUAACAAAAGUGCCAAAACCAAGAAAGAUUAUAAUAAAAGACCAUAA